CUCCCGUGAGCGGUGAGCAGCAGCCAAAAUGCCGUACGAAGACUUCGAGCCCGCGUUCUACUCCACCGUCAUGCUCCGCUACUCCGCGACGUGGAACGUGUCGGCGUGCGACUCCAACGCGACGCUGUGCGAGGGCACGUCAUGCCUGGAGCCCGUGGAAAGCAACAACAAAGUGCUCAACUUCACACUGAGCAUCGUGCUCACGCUCAUGCUGGCGCUGGUGAUGUUCGCCAUGGGCUGCACGGUGCAGAUUCACAAGGUGAUUGUUCACCUUCGCAAUCCGUGGGGGAUCAUCAUCGGGUUCGUGUGCCAGUUCGGCUUCAUGCCCCUCACGGCCUUCGCGCUCGCCAUAGCCUUCAAGAUCGAGCCCAUUCAGGCCAUCGCCGUGCUCAUCAUGGGCUGCUGCCCCGGCGGAACGACCUCCAACAUCAUCACCUACUGGCUGGACGGGGACAUGGACCUCAGCAUCAGCAUGACCGUGUGUUCCACGCUGCUGGGCAUGGGGAUGAUGCCGCUCUGCCUCUUCAUCUACACCCAGACGUGGACGGACUCGGCCAGCAUCGCCAUCCCCUACGACAGCAUCGGCAUCACCCUCGUCUCGCUGGUUGUGCCCGUGGCUUUUGGGAUGUUCGUGCAGUACAAGUGGCCCAAAAAAGCGAAAAUCUUAGUCAAGAUCGGCUCCGCAGUCGGGGGCAUCCUCAUCGUCGCCAUCUCCGUGGCCGGGGCGCUGCUCUACCAGGGGGCCUGGGACACCGAACCCACCAUGUGGAUCAUCGGCUUCAUCUUCCCCAUCAUCGGCUACGUGCUCGGCUUCGGCCUCGCCAAGCUCGUCAACCAGCCCUGGCAGAGGUGCCGCACGAUCGCCAUGGAGACCGGGGCCCAGAACAGCCAGCUGUGCACCACCAUCGUCCAGCUGUCCUUCACUCCCGAGCAGCUCGUGCGCAUGUUCACAUUCCCGCUCAUCUACAGCACCUUCCAGAUGGCCACCGCCAUCAUCUUCGUGGCGAUCUAUCAGAUUUACAAGCGCAAAUUCAAGAAGACGCCUCCUCUGGCGACAGUCAAACGGCACUGUCGGAAUGGAGGCGGACAACAGCGCAUACAACCCAUAUGAGGACGCAGGCAGCUUCGUCAAACACCGGGAGAUCGCCGGCACUUCUCUGUAGAUGCUGCGUGGAGGGGGGGCAGGGGGAGACGGACAUGGCACCGGCCUCACGUGUCGGUGGGGCCCGUGCCGCUCCACUCUGCCAUUUGGCGCGAUGUCCAGCGUUUCGGUCCACCACCGUGCUGGGGUGCUACUUCGGGGACUGAAAAAAAAUUACAAAAAAAUUGAGGAAGCGCAAAAAUUCAGUUUGUGAAGAAGCCAUGGUGGCGAGAUGUUAACUAUCUCGCCUGGUGUACAGGUCGUGGGUACGAUCCCGACCCUGACGCCUGUUGUAUAUUUGGAGUUUGCAUCUCUCCCUGUGGUCGCGUGGAUUUUUCUUCGGGUCCUCCGUUUUUUCCCUCCACAUUUAGAACCAACAUCAUGCAUUUAGAGUAUUUAGCUGAUGUAAAUUUAUACGUGAUGAUAAGCCACUUCGUUGAGCUAUCAUUUGUGGCCAGGUCGCUUACGAAAAAGAAAUAUGUAGAUCAGUGGGCCUUACUUGGUAAAAUGUAAAUAGUUUAAUAGAAUUAUAAUCCUGGGCCCGCGAUGUUCAAGUGAGAAUGAAAACCCUAGGCCGUGCACUUGCUGCGUCACUCUCGCUUCCCCCAGCAACGUCCUCGUCUACCUCCUAUAGCCACGUAGCCUGCACGUUGGGACAUUAUACUCGUAUGGACGAAAACGUGACUUCGUAUGUAGAGCAAGGGAAUACGUAAAGCAUUCUGGAUGCCUACUGAAAGACAAGGCUUACGAGUGUUAAUGUUGAAACGAGUUUAAAUGUGGACGUGAAAUUGGUCCGAUAUGAAACGCAAUGUAAGAGGGGUGGGGAAGUGUAUUUUUACGUACGUAUGUACGUCUGUACGUAUGUGUUAAUGUAUGUUGAACUUCUUUCGCACCGUACGAAGCCAACCGUGCUAAUCAGAGAUGAGGGAUGUAAUGGAACGCUCUGGGAAGAACACCCAGACACCUGCAUAGAGCAAGAUGUGACAUUUGUCAUCGUGUUAAUGGUUGAUAAAGUCAUGGCGUAGAGGGAGCUUCACAUGUGUGUGGCUAAUGUAUGUACAGGAUGUACGUUGAACUUCUUUCGCACUAUACGUAUCCAACCGUGCUAAUCGGAGGUGCGGUUACAGUUUUAACAAGCAAAACAAUGCUUUCCACUUGGGGCUAUUUCCCGAUCCAAGCCGAACCCAAACCAUGAAACUCUGGCCUUAUAGGAGGACAUCUGACUCAUGGGCCAGUGAGGGUUAGGGCGGUUGUUCUUCACUUUCAUCGUACUUGCAUCAGUCAGAUCGUGGGCCCCAUGCAUUAUGAGGGGCUCUGCUAGGGUGAAUAUAGUUUCCACGCUCACCCACAUGUGCCGGCUGAGUGAUCAUGGCCAAACCCCCUCUUUGAUCAAUCGGUGCAAGAUUUGUAACGCGUGAACCACAUUCGGUGAAGAGCUGAGACAGAAGUGUGGAUGUCGCAGAGAGGAUGACACGAAAUUAAACUCAACAGAGGAGGGAAAUGUUUUUGUUUCUGGUCUUAAUGGCACUGACUGUCAUGGCUGACGGGACUUGUAUGUACGUUGAACUUCUUUCGCACCAUACGUAGCCAACAACGCUAAUCAGAGGUGCGGGUGAAGGACAACACACGAAACAUAAAGAGCCGUUUCCAAAAAAAUAGAUGAUUGAAAAGUGCGCAGCUCCAGUGGCUUCCUAAUAUCGGAAAAAAAGAACGUUCCAGACGGCCACAGAACCACAUCCAAAAGCGCGCGAUGUGGUGAGCUGGCAGAGACUGCUGGACAGUGCCGUUCCACUCUCUUAAUCUACAGAUGAACGUAGAUUUUAGUGGCGGCCCAAAUGGAUAGGUGGCAAUCUCUGAAGUAGUCGGGUGGUUGACACAGUUGACUAUGUACGGAGCGAAAGAUGUUCUACAUACCUACGUACAUAUGAAAGCAAGUAACGUGACCUUGAAGUGGACUCUUCGCUGUGCUGGUGACCGGUGCGGCACCUUCACAAGGCGGGAAGAGCUCGCGAGAGGCAGGGCCAGCAAGCGACUCUAGUGAGGAUGUUGUUUGAAAACUCGAUGGCACCCACCCCACCCCCCGAUGGUUAAAGAAUCCCGAUGGUGAAUGAAGUAGUUUUGGUGUGUUAUAAAUCUUGGAUUGAUUAACUUGCAAGUGUUCUCCAAUAAAAUGAAAACAAAAUUA